AUGUUUUCACUGCAGAACCUUGGGCGGCACGACCAUUUGCCACGGCCAUUUCUUGUGCACACCCCGCCUUUGAAUGCGGCUCGUUUACGUUCUUCGCCACGAACUCCCCAUACCCACCACCGCAUUGAUACCAAGCGGGUCCAUGAUGUUUUAGACAAAAUCCGCGGGGUGGAUCGCAUUGCGGAAGUGAGACGGGGCCUAGGCCCGCCUGCUUCUAAUGUUGCUCCCGCCUCUGUUCCUCCACAGGCUCCUCCGCCAGCUCCUGUAGCGGCUCCCGUGGCGGCCCAGGUGUCUACCACUACAUCAGCCGAGACGCUGGAUCCCUCCCCAGUUUUCCACGAACUGCCGCCGUCUACCCCACAAUCCAUCACCAAAACUGUUAAUGAUUCACGAACUAUUUAUUCUUCUCCCUAUCUGCGGACCCCCCAAAAUAAACAAAUGGGAAUAGUCAGUGCUCCGGCAACCCUACGACGACCAAAGCGGCGCCUUAGCGAGGCCUCUGAACCUCCGCCCAAACGAAACGCUCCCGAAACACCAUGGCACCUCGACGACUCGCCGAGUCUCGUGUACGGUGCACCGGUCACUCCUCCCCAAUGGACAAGAAUACAAUGGCAGUAUUUGUCGGUUCUGGCCAACCUGAUCCCCGAGCUCGACCAAGGCAGCUUGGAAGACGUCAAGACGUUUAUCGACACCAGCCUGCCCCAGUGGCUUGUAAAGGAGUUCCACCCCUUUCGUGAAGAGCUGCCCAGCCGCUUGAUGGCUCUAGUCAAGUGGAAUCGCACUGCAAAGCCUGGUGCCUCUGACAACCUUGCCCUUACCCGAGAGGUCUGGGACCAAGUUCGCGGCUUGAUGACCAAACUGCUACCGGUUUUCCGCGCCGAAAACAAGGUCACGCUGGAAAACGCAGACGACUACGCCCAGAAACUGGUCUCUGUGGCCGAGCUCGUCAAGCGCAGCAUGGCCCCGGCAAAAUUGCACCAGUACAACAAGCUCGAGGUCGCGCGGCAGGUGUAUGCUCCUCAGGACGAGUUCCAGCUGGACAAACAGAAGAUCCAGUACCGCGUCCCUAAGCUCACCAUCUGCAUCUCCUCCACUCCGCUGGAUCUGGGCUCCGACUGGACCGGCCAGUAA